AUGUCUACGUUCUUCUACGGUCACCAGCAACAGCACCAGCACCAGCAACACCCUCACCACGGUGCUGCCGCCCACAUGGCCAACUCAAACAACCACCAUGGGGGUCGUUCCCGUCGGGGACCCAAGAUGGCUGCCCAGAAUGCUCAGCGCCAGUUCAGAGGUGUCAAGAGCAUGCGGGAGCUUGCUGAGGCCCCUGCUGUGACUGCUUUCCGUGCCCGUUUCGAAGCUGGACGGUCUUUUGACCUGGAUGACGACCUGGAGUUUUGCCCCAGUCUCCUGACGGAAGAUGAUCUGCACUCCAUUCACUCUGCUUCCUCGGAUCGGUCAUCUCUCUCCAGUGGAUCUCCCGAUACCUCUCCUCUCCAGCACCAAAUCCAGCCUGUCCAGCAGGUCACUCCCUCCAUCUCCCUGUCUCCUGCCUCCAGCAACUCCUAUGUUCACUCAGGGGUUAGCGGUAAUCUUAAUCACGUGAACUUCCAGCAACCGUCCGCAGUCCGCACCCGUAAGGUUAUCCCGAUCGUCAACCCCAAUACUGGCAUGACCUUGACGAGCCCGCCCACGUCGAUCUCCCCGGCCUCGAUGCAGAAUGCCCAACGUCGGUGGUGA